UGCACGUACUCCGUGCAUACUCCGGGUAAAGUUGAAAGCUUCAAUUUAAUCUUGGUUCCACUUCCGAUCUCAACGGAAAGCGGGCAGAAGGAGAUAUACGCCGUAGGGAACAGCACGGCAAUCCCAUUACUCCGAGAUGUCACCCUGAACCACCGCGGUUCACCCAUUCCUCGGUUCUGGAUGUGACCUUCAAGUUGCUUAUUUCUUGCCGGCUCGCCCUUCUCUUCGUUAUUUCUUAUCAUUGAUACACCAUGUCGUCUACAAACCACAACCCCUCGCGCGCCACUCGGCUAGAAAAAGCCAUCACCAACCCCGGUACUGUGAAGAUUAAUGUCAAGGGUGCUUUCAUUGUCGACGAAGAUCCGCGAUCUAAGAGUCCCGUGCGAUUGGAUGGCGUGCACUACGAAGGCCACGAUAUCCGGCUUCCCCAUCAUACCGGAGUAGUGAGCCAUGUUGCUGUCGACAUCGGUGGUUCUCUUGCGAAAUUAAUUUAUUUUACACGAGAGCUUGACUCCGUGGACAAUGGCGGCCGACUGAACUUUAUUAACUUCGACACCCAUCGCAUAGAUUUGUGCAUCAACUUCAUAAAAGAAUUGAAAGAAGAAUACCAGAAAGCCCACGGCCCUUCCAGCGAUGAGCUAUGUGUCGUGGCGACCGGAGGCGGUGCCUUCAAGUAUUACGACAAGCUGAAGGAGACAUUAAAAGUGAAUAUUAUACGCGAGGAUGAGAUGGAAUGCCUCAUCACCGGACUCGAUUUCUUUAUCACCGAAAUACCGAACGAAGUCUUUACCUAUAGCGAAACCGACCCAAUGCAAUUUGCCGAGGCCCGACCGGACGUUUACCCGUACCUAUUAGUCAACAUCGGUUCCGGUGUAUCCAUGAUUAAAGUGUCGGGCCCUAGGCAAUACCAGCGUGUGGGGGGUACCCAUCUGGGUGGCGGCACCUUCUGGGGCAUCAUGUCGCUCCUGACUGGUGCUCAGACCUUCGACGACAUGCUGGCGAUGGCGGAUACCGGGGACAACAGUGGGGUAGACAUGUUGGUUGGCGAUAUCUACGGCAUGGACUAUAACCGGAUUGGUCUGAAGAGCACUGCGAUUGCUAGCACGUUCGGCAAGGUGUUUCGAUUGAAGAAUGACGUGCAUGAAGAGGAUGGAGAAGACAAAUCCCACGGUGAAGAUGGGCAAACCAAUGGUGAAGUUACAUUCAAGCCUGAGGAUAUGAGCCGAAGCCUUCUUUAUGCCAUCAGUAACAACAUCGGACAAAUCGCAUAUCUGCAGUCGGAGAAGCACCAAGUGAAGCACAUCUACUUCGGUGGAUCGUUCAUCCGAGGCCAUCGGCAAACCAUGAACACACUAUCCUACGCCAUCCGAUUCUGGUCCAAGGGCGAGAAGCAAGCCUACUUCCUGCGCCACGAAGGCUACAUUGGCGCCGUCGGGGCCUUCCUACGCCGACAGCCAGCGAACUGGGGUCGCAGGAAUAGUCUUGACAGUGGCGCCAUGCCACAGGAGCUUAAGAGUAGCUCUAAUUGACGAGUUAAAGAACCAUUCUUCCAGUGUGACUGGAAGCUUGCAUGACCUUCUUUGUUGUUUGGUUUAUCCGCCCUUUUCCCGAUCUCUUGGGCUUCUGAUACCCACUUUUUUCAGUUCUCCGUGCAUGUUAGACAAAAGAAUACACAUCCUGCAAAUAUAUCUUGCCAAUCUUUCGGGACGUUAAUGCAGUUCGAUGUUGCAAUGGCCGAUUUACACUUGUACCAUAAUAUCCUGAAUACUUUCUCACUCUUGGUUCCUAUGAGCAUCUUACAUUCACAGACGAUGAUGGUGUUCUUCUUCUGUUAAUUUAGGGUUCUUUAUCUAUUUGUUUUGAGUUAAUUUCAUCACAGUUUAAUUUAAUGAUGAUG